GCCGGCAUCAAGAAUCCGGGGCUUUUCAGCGUUGUGAAGCAGGAGUGCAUUCGACGUUCCAAGCUCAAGGAAGGACAUCUCAGCCUGUCUCCUAAGGUUGUCACUGACGUCGUGGUGGCUUUUGCAACUGCCAAGAUUCUUGAUGACGACCUUUUCGAGGUACUGAUGUUGCGGGCAGUGUCGCUCAUGGACUGUCCCUUGCGACAGGAGCUUGUUCCCGAUGUCUGUGCUCCUGCCACAAGCAGCUCGGGGAAUAAACUGCCAGCAGUUGCCUUCUCCUUGCAGGACCUGGUGCAAGUUUGCAAAGCCUUCGUGGAUUUGCGCAAGGUCGACCGCGAGUUCUUCGAGGACGUUGCCAACUAUGCUUGCCGCGCAUUUACCAGCCCGGAUGUCGCACUGUGCGAGUGGUUUGUGGGGAAUCCCAACGUGACCCUGCCGCAGAUCGCAUCCAUCUUUGCAAAGGCGGAAGUUCUUCAGUUGGAUUCGUUGGAUUUCUUUGCGCAUCUGAAAACGAUGAUGAUGCGUCGAAAGGAGGAACUGCGCCCACACAGCUUGAAGAAGUUCCAGCAUGCCUGGCACAUGCACAAGAGCCGGCAGGAGAAGCAGGAGCGCCAGAGGAGCCAGCCGCCUCAGAGGCGACGUGGAGCUAUGGGUCGUGCCUAUGUCGAAGACAAGCCCGCUGUCCAGCACCAGUCCCGAACAGAAAAGGCGCGGCAACAAAGGCAGCGGCUUGCUGCCAUGACGGAGGAAGAGGUCCUCAAAGAGGUCGAGGAAGCAGAGAAACACGCCGGCACAAGUGCUUCGGCUAAACUGCUGCUAAGCGGCUUCAAAGUCGAAGCACUUUUGGAAGCUCAAGAGGGGCCGAAGGAGGGGAAGAAGACGAAAAGUGAGAUCAUGGAAGCGUCAACUUCCAUUAGCAUUCGUUCCAUGGUCAAGGGAAAGAAGGCGCGCAACGAAGAAGUUAGUGCUUCGGCCAAAGCAGAGGCACGCAAACAUGCGAGGGGACGCAGAUGA